GCUCUGUGUGUUGUGUGUGUGAGUGUGUGUGUGUGUGUGUGGUGUGUGUGUGUGUCUGUGUGUUGUGUGUGUGUGUGUGGUGUGUGUGUGUGUCUGUGUGCUGUGUGUGUGUGUGUGUCAGGUUUUUCUCUGUAUUAGAAUGACGGUGUGUUACUACUUCCUGUCUCAAGACUCUGACCUCAUUUUACUGAGAUUCUGAGAAGACACAGAAAUCCCCGUCGAGCGGGAAAGACCAGUUUACCACAUAUAUAUGUGUGUGUGUGUGUGUGUGGAGGAGACAACUUCCUCAUCAUACACUCUUCACUCACUCACUCAUUGACCAUACACACACACACACACACACACGAUCUAUCUGACUGAAACCUUAAACACUCCGAGAAAUUUCUUCAACACUCAGACAGCUGUGAUGGUGGACAAUCUGCAGUUCACGAUGGAGAACCGUGAGCGUAUCCUGGCCGUGGAGAACUCCUUCAUGCCGAGCGGGAAGCCUCUCCUCGCUCCGGGUCGCGUCCUGGUCGGAGAAGGUCGCCUGCUAAAGCUGUGCAGACGCAAACCGCAGCCCAAAGUCUUCUUCCUGUUUAACGACAUGCUGGUGUACGGCAGGAUCGUGGUCCCGGGCCGCUGGUACAGCCACCAGCAUAUCCUGCGUCUGGAGGAACUGGAGCAGGAGAACCUGGAGGACGGAGUGGGAAUGAGUAACCAGUGGCUCCUCCGGACGCCGCGCAAGUCCUUCCACAUCUCUGCAGCGUCGCUGGAGGAGAAGCAGGCGUGGAUGGAGCACAUCGAGCGCUGCAGGUUGGAGCGGCUGAAGCAGCUCGGUUUCCCCGCAGUGAUGAAGCCCUUCGCCACCACCUGGAUCCCGGACGCCGCCUCGGACGUGUGCAUGCGCUGCUCACAAGCUUUUAACGUCACCCAGCGCAGACACCACUGCAGACACUGCGGCUUCGUGGUGUGUAACUCCUGCUCGAAGGCUCGCGCCAUCCUCAAACACAUCUCAUCCAAACCGGUCCGGGUGUGUCGCCGAUGUAAGGACUCUCUGUGUGAGCAGGAAGUCAGCAAAGGCACUGUCAGGAAGAAAGACUCGAUCGAGGAGAUGCCUGAAUACGAAGAGUCCAGUGAUGAGGACCAGGAGGAGAACCACACACACUCUGCAUGGUUCAACACUUACAGAGAACCUGAGCCUCUGUACUGCUACUUUAAUCCAAAACACACCAAACCUUCACGGCUGUAGUGUGAACUUCUACAGAACAUCUGAGGAGCCUUCAAACAGGGUUAAAAAGACUACAUCAUCAUUUCCUCCUAACACUACUUCCAUCUCACUUCAGCACACGGUCUCCUCAUCUUCAUGCACACCACAGACCUGAUGAACUUCAGGAAA